UUUCUUUAACAAAAUCUAAAAUCCUAUCAAAUAUUACCACAAAAAUGAUGCAUUCUUCCACAUCCAUUUCUUCAAAAAUUCAAACCCAAUUCACUCUUCCUUCAAAUUCAUACAAACAUUCAUUCAUAUCAAUUCCAUCACCUGAUAUUUCAAUCAACUUAUUACAUAAUAACAAUCGUGUUAAAAAUCCGUUACUCUCAAUAAAUAAAAACUCUAAGCUAGUACCAAAGGCCGUAUCCACGGCUUCAAGUACCUUAUAUAAACCGAUAAUAGAAGAAACGUUGUAUGACUUGUUAGGCAUCUCGGAGAGCGUUUCACUCUCCGAGAUCAAACAAGCAUACAAACAAAUGGCAUUAAAGUACCACCCGGAUGUGUCACCACCUGAUCGGGUUGAUGAAUACACCAUGCGGUUUAUUAAAGUUCAAGAAGCGUACGAGACGUUAUCUGACCCCGAAGCUCGGGCUAUGUAUGAUAGCAGUAUUUCAAAAGGGUUACACUUGGCUUUCUCGGGGAAUAAAGGGUCACGGUUUGAGGCGAGAUCAGAGGAGAAGGCACGGUGGAGAGAGUCGUGGGAGAUGCAAGUCGAAGAGCUGCAACGAAAAAGCACGGUGGGUCGAGGUCGUAAGAUGUCGUGGGCAGCCCGAAUACGGGAACAACGACGUGAAACAGGGGACCAUGGGUCGGACCCAGAGCAAUGAAGGCUUUUGGUUUAGUUACGUAGAUGUCCUUUUCUUUCUAGAAUUAAUUAUUAAAACUUUGUACAUUAUUGUCUACCUUUUAUUAUUCUAGAUCGAUUAGUCAAUGUGUACAGUAAGUCUUUCGGUUGUAACUUUGAAAAUAUGGAGUAUACGAUUAAGACUUGUGAUCUAUUUUAGAUCAAUCAAUAGUUCUUUUCAA